UAGGCCUACAACUUAUUUCAAGCAGAGCACUAACUCACAUCAGCGACAAUGGCAGCUAUGGACAGCCUAUUUCCAGAACUCUCGCGAAUAACUACCACGUCGUUACCGGAUGUAGCUUGGGAAGAUGACACGACAACCACAGAGAGAAUGGAAAAUUUUCUAAAUAGUGCUUUGUGUGUUAUUCAUAACUUAUCCAAGAGUAUUAAACACCGGGAAAAGUUCCGCACUGCUGAAAUGAGAAAGACACUUGACAUUUAUAAAGGAUCACCAUCAUCACUGAGACGGAUGUAUUCUCUAUCAGCAAUUAGUUACAUGGCAGAUCCACACAUAGAUAUGUCGCUACUGGAGGACAAAUAUGGCGCAAUCGUUGACUUGGCAGACUAUUUAGAUAAAUCACUAAUACCCGGUAAUUCGACAGGGUGGUCUGUUCAGGAAUUGGUGGAAGGAAUGGCAAACCUGGCUGUACAUCCUUUUAAUAAAGAUCAGAUAAUAGACAACUCACUGCAUUUGUUUUACAAAAUACUGGAGAGCAAUAUCAACAAGAACCUGACAUGUUAUGUGAGACACGUUCUGGACAGAUGGGGAUUCAGUGACGUGGUCGUGGGAUCCACUACCGGUUUGGAACAAUGCCAAAGAGAAAAGGAAAUACAAAUUAAAAGUGAACAGCAUCAUGAUUAUGACACAAACAAAUCGACUGACAAUAUGCAAAUGUUGGAUAAUCUUCAGUGCGUUUUGUCUGAAUGUGACAGUUUUGGUACUAAUGAAGUUAUGGAAAUCAUCGGCGCAGUCAAACGUAUCGUUUUAGACAAAACGAGUAAUAAACAGAAUGUCCUCAAACACUUCGCAAUGCACGAAUGGCCAGGUCUACUAGUCCGUAUUAUUUCUGAUGUGUGGAAACCAAACAAGGAGGUGUACACCAAUGAGGUAUUGUGGUCGAUCAUUACAGACACCAUUGAUACCAUGAUUACAUACAGCGAUGUUGAUGUUGAGUGUGCAGAUAUUCUUAUUGAACACGGAGCAUUAGCAAUAAUGCAAGAAGUUGCUGAUGCGUAUUAUCACCACUUUAAACAAAAGAUCCGUGCUCUUCAUGAUAAAGUAAGUGAAUAUAGAGGUGAAAAUAGUGGAGAACUAAAAGCAGAUAACCGGCAGUCAAAAGACCCGACAAAAACCAAUAUAUCAACUGGACAGCCAGGAACAGACGGGUAUCAGUCAAUGGGCUCGACGACACAAACAAAUAUACCAAGUGUGCAGGAAGAAGCAGACGUGCAUCAGUCAAUGGGAGCGACACAAACCAAUAUACUAAUUGGCCAGGAAGGAGCAGACGGGCAUCAGUCAAUGGGAACGAUACAAGCCAAUGUACCAAGUGGCCAGCAAGGAGCAGAUGGAAGUCAGUCAAUGGGACCGACACAAACUAAUAUAAACAAUAAAUCAAGUUCAGAGAUAUCAGAAACAAGAGAAGUAAUCCUAAUAGUUGCAUAAUUAAUUACAAAAUUUGAAAUGUUAAGCGUUUCAAAUUUUGCAUAUACUGUAGUCAGUAGACACUUCAGAAUUUAUAUAUAUUUUACUUUUUUAUUUUUUGUAUAUUUUAAUCAACCAACAAAGAUAGAAACCUAUACUAACAUUUUGGAGAAAAAAACAUACAAAUAAAAACAGUAUAGGCCUAUAUAAAAGAAUUUCAUGGCAACAAUAAGACGAAGAAUGUCUACGUAGGCCUAUGAGAUUUUAAAAAUAGAAUACCUUAAAACUAUGUAUUAUGCAAUACCAA